AUGUCGAUCCCGCGUUUCCCCAACCGUCAAGCGACCCAGAUGAGGCCCCACCAGUGGCGUAGCGCCCCUGUUGUAGGCAUCCGAUCCCUCCCGCCCGAGCUGAUGUUGCACAUAUUCCAAGACGUCCUAGGGCCUACGACGUUCGGCAACAUAGAUCUGGAAUACGAGGACAGGGGUAGUCUCACGCAGUGGUUGCCCCUGAGACGCGUUUGCAGGCAGUGGCGCGAGCUCACAGACAAACAUUGCCCAGCUCUCUGGCAGACGAUCGACAUCACUCGCAAACGAGAGUGGGUGGAACUCUGUCUUUCCAACUCCAAGGGGAUGGGCCUGCACCUUCAGUUCCACGCUGAAUAUUUUGAAUACGGGCAGGGGGACUACAUUUUGAUACGCGGCUUUGGUGGCCAACCCAGGUUCACUCCCGGACAUGAGGUAUCUGUCGUACUUCCGCUCAACCACGCACAACGCAUCCAGAGCGUCUGGGUAUUCGGAGAGAAGGCCGUCGCGCAGCUCAGUAAACUACGCGAUCUAUUCAAACUGCCUCUGCCCCGUUUAGAAGAGCUGCGCGUCACUAUGGGAGCUCAGAGCAUCCAAAACAAACACGUUCUCACCGAAUUUCUCAAUAUCGACUCGAGGCGCCUCCCUGCCCUCCGCACGCUCGUCCUUGAUGGCAUAUAUCUCCCAUGGAGCUCCAGCAUUCUGCGUAAUCUACGCGCUCUCAAGCUCGUCUAUGCGUCGACCAACAACCACCGGUACCGCAUGACGCUCCACCAGUUCCUUAAUGCGCUAGGCGCGUGCCAGGCCCUCCAGUACCUUUCUCUCUACAUGUCCACUCCCAUGGACGGCUGGCGCUGGGACACCACCUCAAGCCCCGGGGAUACUAUCGCUUAA